AAACGAAUUUAGUUUUGGUCUUUUGGAACAUUUGGUAUUUCUGGGUUUUAUGACUACCGCGCGUUACUGCUCAAGGAGAUGGUUAUGGUCUCUGCUAGUUCAUAAUUCGUGUUCUAGAACCUGACAAUCAGCCUCGGAGCUUCAGUUUUUUUAGUUUCGUAUUUGCAACUCUUCGUCUUUUACCUCAUUUGUUCAUUUCGCUUCGUUAUUCUUCUUCUUCGGUUUCCGAUCCCUAAUCCGCGGCUCUGCACUGGGAGGCUGUGAUUGGAAUUUGCGGAAAUGGGGUUGAUCUCGGGGAUUCUGAUGGGGAUGUUGUUCGGAAUUGAGUUGAUGGCUGGCUAGCGUCACCUGAUGGCGUACCGGAGUACCAAGCGAGUCGCUAAGGCAACACCAAAAGAUGAGAAACCUAUCAUAUAGUCUAUCUCAUCAAUUUGUUAUUUACUUUAUGAUAGUUUUCGGAGGAAACAGAAAGGUUCAGAGAGAGAGAGAGAGAGCAGAGAUGAAAGAAGAAGAGAUGAUGACAAUGAGGCCCUUCCCACACAACAUUUGCUCUAUCAAAUUGCCACGUGUUGCUCACGUGGCUGGGCCACCACCCACUAAUCUCCUCCUCAGUCGGGUUAUCUUUCUUCUCCAUAAUCGGGUCGGAGAUUCUCGCAUUCCCAGAAGAACUGCACCAGCAUGCAUCUGGGUGUGUAGUUCCCGGGCUUCUCAGGCUCGGGUUCGGAUUUCUUGACCAUCUUGAUUGGGAAAAAUUGGUAAUUGGCUUCUCUGUUCAUCUUGAUCACAUCAGGGUUCAGAUUAGGAAUGGCAAAAAGUUGUUAAUCAGAUGGUGAGUGAAGAAAUCGGUUCCAUGGAAGUACAGCCUUGGAGUUCGAAACUUGACAGCAACGUCUGUAAAGAAACCUGAUGCUUUCCAAAAAGGUAGUAUUGAAGCCGAUCUUAUCCAUAGAGAGUAACGGAGUAAUUUUACUGAUAACAGUCGUUAUCUGGAGAAUUACAUCACUGCCCUUCUCUUUCAAAACUUGUGGACAGGAACGACCCAAACAACUGGGCCCCUCUUCAGCGUAGCGUACACCCGGAGUAGCCCAGACGCACCCAAAUCUUAAACCCUAACAAAUUCGUUGUUUCCUUAAACCCCAGGCAGAAGAGGGAAAACAGAAAAGUCGGAAAUUCCAGUAACUUGAAGAAACCCAACAUUUAGAGGUCCUAACUCGAACUUGGGUAGGUUAAAUUCAGCCGCUAAACCUCUUUGCUUUGAAGUUUCCGAACAUGGGGAAGCAAUCAGGCCAGAACCCAGGAUGGAGAAAACGCAAAAUGCCCAACAAGUUCCAGAAAGGUGGGAAAAGUCGUCGGGUUGAAGAAGAAAAGGUUGCGGCGGCUAGCCCCUCAUCUACUUCAUCAGGGGAGCUGCUAGAGGAAGAAUCCAAUGGUGUGGCUUCCGAAGAAGAAAUAGUUUAUAAAGAGCCAUCAAUGUAUGACAAAUUGUUGAUGGCACUAGGGUCAUCUAGUAAAGCUGUUGCAGCUGCCUAUAAGCAGAGAAAAAGACAAGAAGAAGGUAAAAGUGACUCGGACUCAGAAGAGGAGGAGGAUGAUGACGAUGACGACGACGGAACUGAAUCUUCUAGUGACUUGGAAGAAGUAGAUGAUGGUGUAGAAGGGGGUGACAAUGAAUUUCCAAUGAAAGGAAAACUGAAAGAUCCGGCAAGUGAAGAUGCAAAAACCGAGGAUGAUCAGGACACCUCUGACAUGGAUGACCGCGAGACCUCUGACUCGGAUGACCGCGAGACCUCUGACUCAGAUGCAGAACAGGACCUGGGAAUCCAUUCGCAAUCUGCAAUUGAUGCAUCAAUAUGCUUGAGUUCCUUUGGUGUACAGUUGGAGCACAAGUUAACAGAAGCAGAGGUUGAAAAUCUGGCAAAAAAGAAAUGGAGAUAUAAAUGGGAUGUGCCUGCUGCUGGAAUGUCAAAGGGCAAAUGGGCAGGAACAGGAGAGUGUUGCAUAAAAGAUGUUAAUCCUGAUUCUAGUUAUGAUCUGAAGCAAAAGUUGUAUAAGCACUGGUUGGAUGUAUAUAACACAUCUGGACGCAAGGAUUUUCAUUCGUCCAAACAAAGAUUAUUCUUCUCCCUCUUCAAUAGUUAUCGGGAUAUACUGCAUUGCAACAAGAAACCCUUUUAUCACAGAGGAUCAGAAGAAGACUCAAGUGUCAUGGAUGCAUAUAUUAUGCAUUGUCUGAACCAUAUCUUCAGAACUAGAGAUCUUGUAAUGAAGAAUGAUUCACAAGUGGCCAAACAUCAGGAAAAUGCUAAGAAUGUAAUUCUUACUGAUGACAGUCUCCGUGAUCAUGGCUUUACUCGUCCUAAGGUGUUGAUCCUACUGCCAAUGGCAAGCAUUGCACUUCGUGUUGUUAAGAGGAUAAUACAACUUACCCCUUCAGCUCACAAGGUUAAUGUGGACCACAUGGACCGAUUUUCUAAAGAGUUCGGAAGUGAAGAGGUUCUUGACAAUGAAGAUGUAAGAGAUAUACCAACAGGUGACCAGAACUCUGGAAAUGUAAAACCUCACAAGUCAUCGAAACCUAGUGACUUCCAAGUACUUUUUGGUGGUAAUAGCAAGGAUGAUUUCAUGGUUGGCAUCAAGUUCACAAAGAGGAGCAUAAAGUUGUACAGUGAUUUUUAUUCCUCAGAUAUGAUAGUUGCUUCUGCUGUUGGUUUGUUGAAAAAAAUUGAUGAGGCUAAAAUAAAUAAGGAAAAGGAUGUCGACUAUCUUUCUUCUAUAGAGGUUCUGAUCAUUGAUCAUGCAGAUGUUAUAACAAUGCAGAACUGGGACUUUUUGAAGUCAGUUGUUGAGCAGUUAAACCAUCAACCAUCUAAGCAGCAUGGAACUGAUAUCAUGCGUAUAAGGCCAUGGUACCUGGAUGGACAUGCAUCUUUUUAUAGGCAAACUAUACUUUUGAGUUAUUAUUCAAACCCAGAUAUAAACAAUUUGUUUAACAAGCACUGCACAAAUUACCGUGGGAAGGUGAAGUUGGUGCAUGAGUAUAAAGGAGUUCUUCCUAAAGUGGUACUUCAAGUUCGCCAGAUUUUUCAGCGGUUUGAGGGAGAUGAAAUAGUGAAUAUUGAUGAUGCUCGUUUUGAACAUUUUGCUACUAAGGUCUUCCCCAAGAUAAAAAACUCUGUUGAGGGUGGGAUUAUGAUAUUUAUCAGCUCUUACUUUGAAUAUGUUCGAGUUCGUAAUUUUUUGAAGUCACAGAAUGCAUCCUUCUGUCUGCUUCAUGAAUAUGCGGAGCAAAAAGAUAUUUCCCGUGCACGGGUUUGGUUCUUUGAAGGAAAGCGGAAGAUCAUGCUCUACACAGAGAGAGCACAUUUUUACCACAGAUAUAAGAUCCGCGGAAUUCAGAAUUUAAUCGUCUAUUCGUUGCCGGAGAGAAAGGAAUUUUACCCUGAGGUUGUUAAUAUGGUUGAUGGAUCCCAUGACAUGGCAUGCACGGUGCUCUUUUCUCCUUUUGAUCUCCUCCGGCUUGAGAGAAUUGUGGGAACUGCUCCAGCAAAGAGAAUGGUGUCAUCGAAAAUGAAUUUAUUUUCUUUCGCUUGAAGACCCGGUGAAGUUGCAAAACCUUUCAAAAUGCAGAAUGAAACACGUCUUAAACCCCCCAAUAGCCAACUGUUUUGCCGACAAACAACUGAGACCUGCUUUGCCUGCCAAGAUUCCUGCAUAAGAUUAAUUGAGAAAGGAGGGAGGUCUUGAUAUACAGAUUUGAGGUUUAUUAUGGAUGUUCAAAGAAAAUAUCCAUUUGUUAUUCAGAUUUAAAUUCUUUACUCGGCUAUUUUAAGUGGCCAUGGUUUAAGUUGCACACUAGUACAAGGUUCCAUAUUUGACCUUUCGGAAUUUUGUUUUUGGUUUAAUUGUCCAGCCCAAAUUAACUACAGCAUUUUUUUUCUGACCCAAAAGUAUCUGUAUAUAAAUUCCCUGAAAAUAAUAGACAUACAUCUGAAACUGGUAACAUGAAAGUAAAAAA